GGGCUAGGGGAGGUAGGGGUAGUGGGCAGUGUUGUCAAAGUCGCGCCUAGGCGCAAGGUGAGUCGAGGCACACCAUCUGCUCCUGUAUAGGUACCAGGCGAGGCGGCUUGAGCCAGGCGAGCGCCUUAGCCGCGAUUUUAAAAAAGGCGAGAGAGGCGCAAGGCCCUCGCCUAGGCGCGACUGAGCGUUUAAUCUGUAGAUCUGAUCUAACGACUCAGAUGUGACUCAGAUGAACCUUUCGAAUGGCUCAUAAUCACAGAGGAUCAGAACUCAUGUACCAUAUGAGCCAAAUAGGACUAAGAUUAACCCUAAUCGAAGUCGUCUCUCUCUUUUUCGCCUCGCAAUCGACUUCGAGCUGCUGGAGCUAGACUUGGUCUGCGACUACGACUGCGACACAAGAGCUGGACUUCGACUGCGACACUGGAUCGACUUCGGCUUCGCAGUAAGUACUAAGUAGAAAAUGACAUCGAAAAGUAAUAGAAAAGAUCCGGCGUGGCAAUAUGCCCAUUUGGUGGAGGAGAAUAAUUUAAACAAGUUUGAGUGUAAUUUUUGUGGUAAAGUAUCAAAUGGAGGUGUUUAUCGGGUGAAACAACACCUUGCGGGAGGUUAUAGGAAUGUUACUGCUUGCCCGAAGUGUCCUCAUGUAAGAGAAGAGAUUAGAGAGUUCAUGUCUAAAAAAAAGACACAAAAAGAAGAAAUGAACAUGUUGCCUGAUUUUGAUGACAUGGACAUGGAAGAUGAAGAUGAAGAUGAUGAUGUCGUUGAGAUCAAUGUCAAUCAACACCGCAAGUUGACAAGUAGUAGCCAAGGUUCAUCCAAAUCCAAAUCCAAAUCAAAAAUGCCAAAGAGAAAAGGGCCUAUGGAUGUUUACUUCACACCCAAUCCUGAAUCAGUGGUGAAAAAUCGAAGAGACCAAGCAAAAGGGAAACAAACAAAAAUUGAUGCAAAUGACCCUUACAAAAAAGAAAUGAGAGCUCGGGCACUGCAAAGAUUUGCAAGGUGGAUGUAUGAUGCUGGUAUCCCUUUUAAUGCAAUAAAUUAUGAGAGUUUUGGACCAAUGAUUGAAGCCAUUGGCCAAUAUGGUCCUGGUAUGACGCCACCGACUUACCAUGAAGUGCGGGUUACCAAACUAAAAAAAGAAGUGAAACAUACUGAAGAUUUGAUGAAGUAUCAUAAAGAGGAUUGUGCAAAAUACGGGUGUUCCAUAAUGGCUGAUGGUUGGACUGAUAAGAGAGAAAGGACAUUGAUUAACUUUUUAGUUAAUUGUCCAAGAGGAACCAUGUUUGUUGAGUCGGUUGAUGCUUCUAGCUAUUCAAAGGAUGGGCAAAAGCUAUUUGAAUUACUAGACAAGUUUGUGGAGAAAGUUGGAAAAGAAAAUGUGGUGCAAGUUAUCACUAAUAGUGCUGUAGCUAAUGUGUUGGCGGGGAGGUUUUUGGAAGCUAAGUAUGAACACUUGUAUUGGACACCAUGUGCUGCUCAUUGUUUGGACUUGAUGUUAGAAGACAUUUUCAAGAUACCUAGACUGAAAAAGACAUUUGAAAGAGGUAUUGCAGUACAUGGCUACAUUUACAAUCGGCCUACGUUGCUAAACAUGAUGAGGCACUAUACAAAUUUGAAGAAUUUGAUCAAGCCUGCAAAAACUAGAUUUGCAACCGCCUUUUUGACUUUAUCUAGGAUGCAUCAACAAAAAAACAAUUUGAGAAAGAUGGUCACCUCCGAAGACUGGACCUCAAGCAAAUGGGCAAAGGAGCCACAAGGUAAAAGAAUGGCACAAACUUUGUUGAUGCCUUCAUUUUGGAAUACUGUUGUGUUUGCCCUUAAGGUCUCGGGUCCUCUUGUCAAAGUGCUUAGAUUGGUUGAUACCGAGAAGAAACCUCCCAUGGGAUACAUUUAUGAGGCAAUGGAUAGGGCAAAAGAAUGCAUUGCAAGUUCAUUUGAUCAGAAAGAAGAGAAGUAUAAUGAAAUUUUCGAAAUCAUUGACAAAAGAUGGGAUGUCCAAUUGCAUCGACCUUUACAUGCAGCUGCGCAUUUUCUUAACCCAGAAUUCUUUUACCCAAAAGCGUUAGAGGUGCAAAGAGAUCAUGAAGUGAUGAAUGGGUUUUAUGAAUGCAUGCAAAGGUUGGUCCCGGAUGUCACUGUUCAAGAUUUGAUCACUAAUGAGAUGAGUAUUUAUAUGAAGGCUGAGAGUCUUUUUGGCAAGGCUGUUGCGAUUAGGCAAAGAAAUACAAGAGCACCAGUCCUUAGCCUAACAUGUAGUUCAUCGGGUUGUGAACGAAAUUGGAGUGUAUUCGAACAUCUUCAUAGCAAGAAAAGAAAUAGAUUGGAACAACAACGUCUCAAUGAUUUAGUGUAUGUCAAAUACAAUAGAACAUUGAGAUUUAGGUAUGACAUGCGCAACACUCUUGAUCCCAUAUCUUUGCAAAAUAU